AUGGCUUCAUCAAACAGACACUGGCCUAGUAUGUUUAAGUCCAAGCCCUGCAACACCCACCACCACCAAUGGCAGCAUGAUGUCAACUCCUCUCUCGUGUCAAAUGGCUGCCACAGAGCCCCAUUCACAUCGGUGCCAGGAUGUGAAGAGAGAAGCCCUGAGCCAAAGCCGAGAUGGAACCCAAAGCCAGAGCAAAUCCGGAUACUGGAAGCUAUCUUCAACUCUGGGAUGGUGAAUCCACCCAGAGACGAGAUCAGAAAGAUCAGAGCACAAUUACAAGAGUAUGGCCAAGUUGGUGACGCCAAUGUCUUCUACUGGUUCCAGAACAGAAAAUCAAGAAGCAAACAUAAGCAGCGCCACCUCCAAACCACCAAGUCGCCACCGCAAUACCACCCGCCUACCACCACCAUAUCCCCCACUCUCACCACUCCAUCUUCAACAUCGUCCUUAUCCGAUAAAUCUUCACCGAAGUCAGCUGACAAAGCCUUCUCCACUGGUUCCGGAAAUCUUAUUGAUGUUACCAACUCUCCGGCCAGUCCGGUGAACCAACCGUAUCUCCAAACUCACGGCGACUUCCCGCCGGAACCCUUCUUUUUUCCGGUGCAACAACAACCCAUAACUGCUGAUUUUACACAAGGGUUUUGCUUUCCAGAGAUUUCAAAUGGUGUCCAUGUUGCUGAUCAGACGGGUGGUAAUUGUUCUAGCCUCUUACUAAGUGAUCUGUUGAUGAGCCAUGGCCCUUCAAAGAAGGUUGCAGAAGAGAAUAUGAAGCUCCAGCAGCAGCUAAGUUACACUGCAACUUCAACUCCUAUCAGUGUUCCAUCCACCAUAAGUCACAUUCAAGUGCCAGGAUGUGAAGAGAGAAGCCCUGAGCCAAAGCCGAGAUGGAACCCAAAGCCAGAGCAAAUCCGGAUACUGGAAGCUAUCUUCAACUCUGGGAUGGUGAAUCCACCCAGAGACGAGAUCAGAAAGAUCAGAGCACAAUUACAAGAGUAUGGCCAAGUUGGUGACGCCAAUGUCUUCUACUGGUUCCAGAACAGAAAAUCAAGAAGCAAACAUAAGCAGCGCCACCUCCAAACCACCAAGUCGCCACCGCAAUACCACCCGCCUACCACCACCAUAUCCCCCACUCUCACCACUCCAUCUUCAACAUCGUCCUUAUCCGAUAAAUCUUCACCGAAGUCAGCUGACAAAGCCUUCUCCACUGGUUCCGGAAAUCUUAUUGAUGUUACCAACUCUCCGGCCAGUCCGGUGAACCAACCGUAUCUCCAAACUCACGGCGACUUCCCGCCGGAACCCUUCUUUUUUCCGGUGCAACAACAACCCAUAACUGCUGAUUUUACACAAGGGUUUUGCUUUCCAGAGAUUUCAAAUGGUGUCCAUGUUGCUGAUCAGACGGGUGGUAAUUGUUCUAGCCUCUUACUAAGUGAUCUGUUGAUGAGCCAUGGCCCUUCAAAGAAGGUUGCAGAAGAGAAUAUGAAGCUCCAGCAGCAGCUAAGUUACACUGCAACUUCAACUCCUAUCAGUGUUCCAUCCACCAUAAGUCACAUUCAAGGUGUGGGAGAAUCUGGCCGAGUGUGUCCAGCAAAAUCAACGGUGUUCAUCAACGAUGUGGGGUUCGAGGUGGGUGUGGGGCCCUUUAAUGUGAGAGAGGCUUUUGGUGAUGGUGCAGUGCUCAUACACUCUUCUGGUCAGCCUGUUCUCACCAAUGAGUGGGGUGUCACCCACCACUCACUCCAGCAUGGUGCUUUCUACUACCUUGUGCACACGUUAUCUCCAUCAAAUGACAUCACCAUUGAUCUGGUACUUUGA